ACUACAUCUCCAUCACCAUCGCCAUCAUCAUCAUCAUCAUCAUCCAAUUCCAAUCCCCCAUAUAUAACAAACGGCAGACUUGUUCACAAAAACAGUAAAAACACAUAAUUCCUCACAAUCAAUUAGAAAAAAAAUCAUAUUAUAUUAUAAAAUUAUAAUCUGCUCUUCGAAAAGAAAACCCAGAUUGUGGAAGAAGAAGUACAUAAAUCUGUUGCCUUGUGAUUUACUCAUCAUCUCAUUAGAUUUUAGAGAUUGUAAAAAGGUUGUAGCUGGAUUUGAUUGGAUUAGAUUAGUGGAGGAUAAAUUGGUCUUUUUGCUGAUUUUUAUUUAUACCGUUAUAUAUAAUGUUGUAAAGAUUAUCUGCCGAAUUGAGUUUGGGAAAUCUUGAAUCUAUCUUGGGUUGAUUGGGAUAUUGUUUAGGGUUGAAAAAGAUGAGUUCGAGUGAAACUUUGAUACAAAGGGGGAAGCUUUUAGUUCAUAUAGCCGAAAAUGGGCAUUCGUUUGAGCUUGAUUGUGAUGAAGAUACCCUUGUUGAAGCGGUUCAACAAUUUUUGGAGUCACUUUCUGGGAUUCGGUUAAAUGAUCAGCUUCUUUUGUAUUUGGAUAUGAAGUUGGACCCUCAAAAUCCUCUUUCUGCAUACAAACUUCCAUCUGAGGACGGAGAGGUUUUCGUGUUUAAUAAAUCUAAAAUGCGAACUAAUUCCGCUCCGCCAGGACCUGAAGAGCUUGAGCUAUCCGAAAGUAAUUAUCCUGACCCUCCACGGCCGUGUUCAUCUCAUGAUACCCAUCCGUUGGAUGAAGCCUCUGAUCCUGCUUUAAAAGCAUUACCGUCCUAUGAGAGGCAAUUUAGGUACCAUUACCAGCUCGGAGAUGCAAUAUACAGACGCACCCUUGUGAAGUUCGAUGCUUGUGAGAGACUAGCAAGAGAGCAAAUGGUUCAAGAGAAGGCAUUGGAGAUUGCUAGGGCUAAUUUAGACCAUUUCUAUAAGAUGAUCCUCCAGAACUACAUGGAUUUUGUCAAGUGUUACUCGCAACAACAAAGGACACAUUCUAAUCUGUUGGUGAAUUUCGGACGGGAUUUAGAGAGGCUAAAGUCUAUUAAGCUUCUACCUGUGUUACAGACUGUUGAUAGGAAAUGCUUAUUGGAUUUUGUGAAGGAGGAUAAUCUAAGAAAAAUGGUGGAUGAUUGCAGUAAUUCUCACCGGCAAUUUGAAAAUAAAGUUGGAGACUUUAAGCAGGAAUUUGGUGAAUUAAAGAGAAGUACUGAGCAUUUGUUUUCUAGUAAAGCUUCAAUCCUCAGUAGAGAUUUGGGGAGAACAGUCAAGGAGCAUGAGCAUCAUAUCAACGAGCAGAAAAGUAUAAUGCAAGCUUUAAGCAAAGAUGUCGGUUUGGUGAAGAAGCUUGUAGAUGAUAGUUUGACGAGUCAACUCUCCAGUUCUCUUCGUCCACAUGAUGCCGUUUCAGCAUUAGGCCCUAUGUACGAGGGCCAUGACAAAAGUUAUCUCCCCAAAAUGCAAGAUUGUGAACGUGCCAUUUCCAACCUCCUUAUCUUUUGCAAAAACAAAAAAUCUGAAAUGAACAAUUUUGUUCACAAAUACAUGCAAAAGAUUGCAUACAUUCAAUACACAAUUAAAGACGUAAGGUACAAGUUUUCUGUCUUCACCGAAGCACUAAAACGACAGAACGACCAAUUUGAGCAUUUGAAAGUAGUUCGUGGAAUCGGGCCUUCAUAUAGAGCUUGUCUAGCAGAGAUAGUGAGGAGAAAAGCGUCAAUGAAACUUUAUAUGGGCAUGGCUGGACAAUUAGCUGAACGGCUCGCAACUAAAAGGGAAUCAGAAAUAAGAAGAAGAGAAGAGUUUCUAAAAGUCAACAGUUCAUAUAUUCCUCGAGACAUUUUGGCAUCAAUGGGCUUAUAUGAUACUCCUAAUACAUGUGAUGUCAAUGUAGCUCCAUUUGAUACUAAUUUACUUGAUAUAGACAUAGCAGACGUGGACCGUUUUGCCCCAGAACAUUUAGUUGGUCUUUCUUUUAAGAAGGCGUCAUCUUCAAUGUCUCAAGAUGUUGAAGAAAGUUCUGAAAGUGGGACCGGAAACUAUAAUGAUUUUGUUGAGGGUUCUGAAAUGGUGGAAAUUGCAGGAACCAGCAAGAUGGAAGUUGAAAAUGCGAAAUUAAAAGCUGAACUUGCUUCUACUAUAGCUCUGCUUUGUUCUUUUUCACCUGAAACUGAUUUCGAAGAUAGUGAAGUGGGAAAUGUGCUAAAAGUAGCUGCUGAAAAGACUGCCGAGGCAUUGCGUUUGAAAGAUGAACACGAGAAACAUUUGCUAAAUAUGUUAAAAGUCAAACAAAUGCAGUGUGAAUCGUAUGAGAAACGAAUAAAAGAGCUUGAAAAUAGGCUGUCUGACCAGUAUUGUUUAGAACACAAACUUAAUAAAGAUGAAUCUAUACGUUGUGCAUCAUCCGAGCCUAUGGAUGAGGCUUCUUAUGCUUCUAGUUCAUUACUUUUGAAAUCGGGAGGUAAUGAUUCUUCUGGAACUAUGAAUCCUAACAUGGACUCAUCAAUGGUGGAACCGAACCGUGAUGAAAAAGAUGACAAGGAGACAAUGGUAACAGAUGUGGGGAUGGUGUUGGCCACUAGUUCAACUGCUGAUUACAUGCCUGGGCCUCUGAUAACUGUGACUUCAGAUGAACAGGUCAAAUCUAGUGGUGAACUUGUGGUGGAGUUGCAAAACUUGCUUACUGAGAAAUUGAAUCAGGUAGAUGAAAUAGAAGCCAAGCUCCAGGCUGCAUUGGAGGAGGUAACAAGGCUGGGUAGUGAGCUGGAAACCAGUCGGAAUCUUCUGGAUGAAUCUCAGAUGAAUUGUGCUCACUUAGAGAACUGUCUACAUGAAGCAAGAGAAGAGGCUCAAACUCAUCUCUGUGCAGCCGACCGUAGGGCAUCUGAAUAUACUGCAUUGCGCACAUCUGCUGUCAAAAUCCGCAGCCUUUUUGAAAGGCUGAAAACAUGUGUUUCCUCAGCUGGUGUGAAUAAUUUGGCCGAGUCCCUGCUAGCUUUGGCUCAAUCUCUUGCCAAUUCUGCAAAUGAGAAUGGGGAUGACGGUACUUCCGACUUCCGUGAAUUCGUUCGGGUACUCGCUGAGAAGGUUGGUAUUUUGACUAGACGACGAGCUGAGCUGAUGGAUAGGUACACAAAGAAAGAGGCGGAAUUGGGAGAAAAGAAAGAAUUGGUCAACACUUUAUACACAAAGCUUCAAUCUGAAAAACAGGUUAACAAGGAGAAAAUAUCAUUUGGUCGUUUGGAGCUUCACGAGAUAGCUGCAUUUGUACUUAAUGUAGCUGGACACUAUGAGGCCAUCAACCGAAACAGCACUCACUACUAUUUAUCUUCAGAGUCAGUUGCCUUAUUCACUGACCAUCUUCCACACCGGCCCACCUACAUUGCAGGCCAGAUUGUGCAUAUUGAAAGACAAACUGUGAAAUCGUCACCUGUUCGAGCUGAACGAACCACCACCACCUCGAGCCAGUUUGCUUUGAAUUCAGGAUCAAAUGGUGCAAACCCGUAUGGUUUACCUGUUGGCUGCGAGUAUUUUGUGGUGACAGUAGCCAUGUUACCAGAUACUACCAUUCAUUCGCCCACUGCUGCUUCCUGAUCGUGAAAACUCGUUAAGAUAUGAUGGAAGAACUGAAAAAUAGCUGAGGCAAGUGUAAAUAGUUGACAUUUUAAUUGAAAAAUCACAAAAGUUUCCUGAUUGAAUUUGAUUCCACUUUUAUGUACAGUUGAUUAUGAUCAGUUUGUAUAUAUUUAACUCUCCUCUGAUCAUGUAAAA